AUGGAUGUUACACUAUCCGAUAAGGAAACUCAAAAGUGCAGCGGCAUGUACAGCAAGAAGUCAUGGGGAGGGAAGGUCGACCCCUUCAUACUCGUCAAAUUCAUAAAAGAUCCGAAGAAAAAUGAGGGGAUCAAGGACCAGACUGUCAGUGUCGUGGUCUGGGAAUGGAAGGAUACUCUACUUCUGGGUGCACCCUCCGACUUGCCUGUGAACGAUGAAAAUCGCCAUUACAUUUGCGACGACGAAUCGAUCAAACUGAAACUAUGCAACGGCACACACAAAGGCGAAUGGGUACUCGCGGAAGACGUCGAGAACCUUUCUCAAAUGCCUAUCCGGACCGAAGCCAUCGACCUGAACGACCCGAAAGCGAUCAAAUACCCAACCUCAACGGCCGAGACCAAGGUACCAAUCAAGACGGGCUAUUACUGUGUGGCUGCGAGUGCGCAAGACAAGCAACUGCAAUUCGAGGCUAUUGUGACUUUCCGGAACGCCUAUGGAGAGCUCCAGGCGGCCCAGAUCGCAAAACUGCCUUUUUACGGCGGCAUCACAAUUGUAUACUUUGUUGUACUGGCAUUCUGGGGCUUCCUUUACUUCCAGAACCGUCACGACAUUCUUGCUGUUCAGAACUACAUCACUGCUAUCCUAGUAUUCCUAGUCGUGGAGAUGCUCAUGACUUGGGGCUACUACGACUACCAGAAUCGCCACGGUAACAACGUCGGCACCAAGGCUCUCAUGAUCGUCGUCGCCGUACUCAACGCUUUCCGUAACUCCUUCUCUUUCUUCCUGCUCCUGAUCGUAUGUAUGGGAUACGGCGUUGUCAAGCCUUCCCUUGGCAAGACAAUGACCGUCGUCCGCUGGCUUGCUGUGGCCCACUUCGUCUUUGGCGUAAUCUAUGCUGUAGCCUCGCUUACUGUUCGCCCCGAUGACGCCGGACCUUUAGUUUUGCUGGUCAUCCUCCCACUCUCAGCCACACUUACCGCGUUCUACAUAUGGACCUUGAACUCGCUAAACCUUACAAUGAAGGACUUGAUGGAGCGAAAGCAGCACGUCAAGGCUACCAUGUAUAAGAGGUUAUGGUGGUGCAUUUUGACGAGCAUCAUUGUCAUCUUCGGUUUCUUCUUCAUCAAUAGUUUCACAUUUGCUGGAGCUUCGACCCCCGACUUUGCGCCAACCCACUGGCAAACACGAUGGUUCGUGCUUGAUGGUUGGCUAAACCUUGUCUACCUGGCCGACGUUUGUUUCGUUGCGUACAUGUGGAGACCAACGGCCAAUAACCGGAGAUUUGCCAUGAGUGAUGAGAUUGCCCAAGAUGAUGAAGGUUUUGAGAUCGCGUCCCUCAGGGAUUCUCUUGAUGAAGAGGAGAGAGGCUCAGACCAACCUCCAUCUUACGACCCAGUGCAGAGAUCGAACAACAACAAUGCGCGCGAUGUCUCGCCAUUACCCGCACCACAAGCGCAGAAGCCCAUUGUUCCUCCAAGGGAAAGUCUCGAUGGCGACACUAUCUUCGCGGUAGGCGAGGAUGAUAAGUGGAGUAGCGACGAGAGUGACGAGAGUGACAAUAGCGACGAUGAGUCGGGGCCGGCGAGCCCAAAAGAGGGCAAUAGCGAGCGUUCAAGAUUAACGGGUCGGAAGAACGACUAG